CGACGCUCUCUGGGCUACUUUGCGCAUGCACGGCCAGUCCGAGCGAGCAAUCGCAUCGACUCCAAGAUGGCGCAAACACGUCUGGCUUGCCUCCUGACUCUCCUCUCAACUCACUGCUGCUUCAGUGUGUUGGCAGUGGUGCUGAGAACAAAUGACGGGUCGCCGUGGACAGACGAGUUUGACAAAAUCGAGCUGUCGUGUCUGAUUGAGUCCAUUUCUACAACCAAUCCCAGGAUUGAGUGGAAGAAGAUAACGAGUGAGGGACCAAGUUAUGUGUACUUUGAAAAGAAGAUCUCAGGUGACCUGGAGAACCGAGCGGUGAUCAGAGAACCGGCCACGCUACUGAUAACCAACGCCACACGGUCGGACACCGCCAAGUAUCGGUGUGAGGUCACCGCUGCUGACGACCAGAAGUCAUUUGAUGAGAUUGUGAUCGACCUUGUUGUACGAGUGAAGCCGGUGGUGCCAAAAUGCAGCGUCCCAAAAUCGGUGCCUUUUGGGAAGUCGGCCGAGCUGAGCUGUGUGGAGGACGAGGGCUUCCCCAAGUCUCAGUACCAGUGGUUCAAGAACAGGGAGGAGAUUCCAGACGACCCCAAGACCAGCCUCAAGUUCUUCAACUCCUCGUACACGCUCAACGCAGACACAGGAACUCUGAAGUUCAUCGCAGUCAGGAAAGAAGAUGCAGGCGAGUACUUCUGCCGAGCGAAGAACGAUGCGGGAUACGCUGAGUGUACAGCCCAGAAGAUGGAAGUCUAUGAUAUUGAUCUUCUGGGGAUCAUACUGGGAGUGCUGGUGGUGGUAAUAGUGCUCACAUGUAUAACGGUGGGGAUCUGCUGCGCGUACAAGCAAGGCUACUUCUCCAGCCAGAAACAAACAGGGAACAACUACAAGGUUCCGGCUAAAGGGGACGGAGUGGACUACGUCAGGACGGAGGACGAGGGAGACUUCCGACACAAAUCGUCCUUUGUGAUCUGAGGAGGGAGCAGACGUCGGGCCGUCGUGCUGAGCAGAAACGUGACGGCGAGCCCUCCACGCUGUCCGACCCGGAGCUGCCGCAGGUCACAGCUCUCAGCACCACCCAAAUCCAACUACUCAAGUUUGCCAAAGGUGACAGGAUUUCACAGGACGACAGCCUGUAACACGAGUACAUGCAUAGGGACUGGGAAUAAUUUAACUUUAUCACCCUCAACCGAGUUCUUUUGCUAAAUUAUGGGGUUCUUACUUUACAGUUAUUGCAUGGUUUCACUAAUCACGGUGGAGAAAAGGAAACACUUGUUGGUUCUGGUCCAGGUAGAAAAGGAGGAGGAGUCCGUCUCCUCUCCGGUCCAUCACCACACUUUUCUACUGUAGACAUUUUGCUUCAAACCUUUUGUCAUUUGUAUAACAUUUCUUUUCUACUGUUGAAAUUUGUCAGACUAUUUUUGAUGGAAUAUAUUUUAAAAUGCCUAUAGAUAAAGGUUUACUUUUUUAAAUAUUUGUAAAAUACUAACAUGUGUUUUUCUUUUUGUUUGUUUUUUUGGUUGUGGAUAAAAAUAUGUAACACUUUAACCACUUUGCAUCAAGCUGUAAGCAUUUACACCUUUGCAAUCAGGAGAAAGACAGACAAAUGAACCUGACUCGUAUUAGCAUAUCAAGACGUGCUUCUUGAUCGGAGGUCUUACAUGUUGAGUUUCUGCGCUGGGAUCGCCCGGUUUCUGUUGUGAGAGACUUCCAUGUUCAUGUUUGUAGAUAGUCUUAGUAAGAGGCUUUGAAGAGUGCCAGUCAAAUGCUGUGAAACACUGUACACGAUCAGUGCUGCGUUUUCUUGAUUUUAAGUGUCCUUCUAUGCUUGCUGUUAAUCUUGUAUAUAUUGAAGUUGCUGUCAGGAUGCUGACGGGCCUCCUGUCAUGUUCAGUAUUACACUAGAAUACAAAUAGUGGUAAUAUUACAGGGUUUGUAAGUUAACCUUCCAGACCCAAAGAAACCAGAGGAAGAGGACUGAGACCAGGUACUUCACUCAGUAAAAGCCUCCAUUUAGAAACAGAAUACAGCCUGACGUCCAGAACAAAGGCGUCUCUGCUGGAGCCUGUUGUCAGGACAGAGUUGUUUUAACAACUGAGUCGGCUAUUUAAAGGUGUAAUUACUACAGGUACAAACAGCAUGAGUGGAAAAGCCCCGACCGUACAGCAGAUACACAGUCCGCUAGAACCACACAGUAUGAAUCCUAGUUGGUACCGACUGCAAACGACAAGUUAUUAUUUAGGAUGUAGAGCUAACUGUAGUAUUGGCUAGAUGUGUUUAAACUGAAAAGAGAAGUCAAUUUAUGUUUGGCUGCAGCUUCUGUUCUUCUCAUUCCUGUCAGCCGAGCUGACGGCAGACAGACAGACCCUAGAUCAGUGUUACAGUAGUACUGACCCUAGAUCAGUGUUACAGUAGUACUGACCCUAGAUCAGUGUUACAGUAGUACUGACCCUAGAUCAGUGUUACAGUAGUACUGACCCUAGAUCAGUGUUACAGCUGUAGCAGCGCUGACCCUAGAUCAGUGUUAGUGGUCUACAGCUGGGGGGAGGGGGGGGGGGGGUCCGGGUCUGGCAGGUUAACAGAUGUACUGAUUGUAAAUAGGUGUUUGUUAUUUUGUUCUCUCUCUCAAGAUUAUGUAAAGUGGUGAAAAGUGUAAAAAAAAGAAGCUAUCUGAGGCGAUAUGAAACUCUUUCCAUUAGUCAGACUGAACACAGGUAACAUUUGAUCCCAUCAUUCAGAACACGUGAACAAGAGCUUCAGCUCAGGAAGCUGAGGAGCAGCUCUCUGCUUCAGGGUCCAUUAUUUCUGGCACCAACCAGAUUAAAGAACGCCUGAUACGAGUCAGGACUCGUGGAGCCUCCACGCAGCUCCGAGGAACCUCUUGUUCUGUGAUGAAUGUUGAACAAUCAGCACUGCAGCGAAAUGUUCACCGAAUAUCAGUCGUGGUAGAGACGAUCUGCCCAACGUUUGCACAUCAACACUGCUCGGUCUCAGUGAACAUGUUGCAUUAAGGAACCAAAAGACAACAUGUCUGAGUGUACUAUUAGCCCAGUUAAGGUCACGAAUGAUUCCUGUUGCAGGUACAUGAUACGGUGAGAUGUACGCCAUGCAGCUCAGAUGCAUAAGUCUCCCCUCCUCAUUUGUACAAAGUUCAUUCCUCUUAAGUGCCUUCAGCCUUCAAAGUAGUUCAGUUUCUCUCCAGCGAGCCAUGCUCUCUCACAUUUGUACCUUUCUACGAUACCAUCACAGGCUUCGUAUUUUCCGUUCAAUUAACAACAAGCACGGCGUUUGAGAGGAAUGAUGUCACUGCAAAUUUCCGCUUCCCUUCUUUACAUAUCUGCAAAUUUGUAAAUAGCUUUUUCAUAGAUUUGAAAGUGUAGACAUGUUGAAGUAGAAAUGAAAAAUAAUAGUGCCUAAAUAUAGUGGGAAUUAUUUUUGGUAAAUACACAUAGCACUAUUAGGCCAAAAAAAGAAAGAAAAUAGAUGAGUACCCGGAGCAGAGACACUUUUUCCUCAAACUGACGUCUGGUUUCAUUGACAGCAGUGAUCAUGUGAGGGAUGGUAUUUUGAAAUCCACCGCUGCGUUCAGAGCUGCAGUGUCCAGACACGGAGCGUGACUGAGUUUGUUUCUGCUGUAGCUGCAGCUGUGAUGAAGCUGGAACUGUUCAGGUGUUACGUGCAUUUCAUGAACCAGUGUUGACCACAAACAGCAGCAGGUGUUGAUGUAGAGCAGCUACAAGCAUUCCUGAACCAGAGCGUCUGCAGGCUGGCUGGAUGCUGGGAGGCAGCGUAGAGCUCCUACUGGUGAUCAGAGCUGGUUUCCAGUGUGUCGGCUGGAGGAUGGCGGCGCUGCGGUGGUCCGGCGCAGACUGACAGAUCAAACAUCACGUUUUACUGAACCAAUCACACGUACAGGAGAAUGUCGGUUUGGGGCCUGCCGGGUUGUUUUUGUUCAUUUUAGAACCACUCUAUUUGUGAUUAAUAAAACUCACUUCAAAUAUUACUGCA